UCAGGAGAACAAUUGAAGUGUUUCAAAGGUGCAGCUGGUGGGGUUUGGUGGAGUUCAAGAGAUCCUCCUCCCCCGUGGCUUUAUUGAAUUGAUCGGAUGGAUUGCUACCCUCUGAUCAAAAGGAGCGCCGAGCCCUCCAUGAAAGCCAUUCACACAGUGGAGCGGCUGGCGGAUAACAUCAGCGAGAGGUGCUUCCUGCCCUGCGUGGAAAGGGUGGCCGGGCUGUUGGAUGCGAGGCCGUGCAAGAGCGUGAUUUGUACUGAGCAUGUCCCGCAGGAGAGGACCAUAUUAUGCAAGACGGCUGCAGCAGCAGAUGGGAGCAACGCCGGAGCCCAGCUGCAUCCCCUCUCUCCCUGUGCAUCUCCGGCGGCGACUCCCUGCCACCACCACCUCCACCACCUCCUUCUCCGCUCACCUGGACAUGGCUUGAGGGGCAAAAGCUUCUGGCUGCGGGGCAAGAUGGGGAACCAGGAGGGAAAGCAGAAAAAGGCGACGGGGGCGGACGGGCAGGACUGCGCGGACGACUCCAGGCUCAAAGAUGCCGACGGUACAAAGAAAGGCUCGGCGGGCAAGAAAGCCCACGCAAAACACGGCAAGGGGACCGAGGGCAACAGAAAGAAGAAAUCCGAGUCUUCCCGUUCUGUUUUCUCCAUCAGGAAGAGAAAGCAGGCGUCCCGGGGUAAGAAUGCGACGGGGGAGUCCAGAGAUGAUGUGUGGGAGAACCGGGCCCUGUAUAUCGAGGAGUUGGAUACCGUGCUGCCGCUCACAAAGACCCCGGACAUCAGCGUCUCUGCCGACGAGGGCGGCCUGACCGACACAGAGGCCGAGCAGCUAGACAUCACCGGCGAGAGUCUCCCCGCCGCCGAGCAGCCCAGCGGCCGCACCCUCAGCUCCGGCUCUGACACCGACAUCUACAGCUUCCACUCGGCCGCCGACCACGAAGACCUGCUCUCCGACAUCCAGCACGCCUUCGAGCGGCAGCUGCAGUCCUUCAGCCCGGGGAACAAGGAGGAGGCGCCCGGGGAGGGGAUCCGAGCAGCGGGAGGCAGCGUUGCCCCGUGGCUCUCUGAUGCUCCCAGGGCCGGGGAAGCGGGCGGUGUUGGGCCGCUGUCUGAUGCUCCUAGCUCCGGGGAAGCGGACACCUUCACCCCGCUGUCUGAUGCUCCUAGCACCGGGGAAGCGGGCACCUCCACCCCGCUGCCAGGUGCACCCAGGGCCGGGGAAGCGGGCACCUACACCCCGCCACCGAAGGGUCCCAGCGCCGGGGAGCCCCCCAGCCUCGGUCAGACCGAGUGCCUCUCCUCGGCGGGACCCCUCUCCCUUCCCCGGGCUCUGUCCAAGGACAGCGGGCGGCAGGUUUGCACAGACCCUCGGGUGGGAGGUCCGGCGUUGAACGGGCUCCACCACUCCCUCCCUCCUCCAGCUCCCCGGGCAAGGAUCGGGGCGGCCGACUCGCCUUUCACCGAGAGCGACGCCGAGGUGUUCACUAAGCCCGACUCCCCGCUGCUCACUCCCCGGACACACAGGGCGGGGGUCAGACCCUACCCCCCGGUCAAUGCCACCUUCGUCAGGACCACCACCAGGCAGCUGAGCUCUCUCAGCAUCUCCCCCUCCACCUCCCCCUCUCACAGCCCCCUGUUUCAGAGGAGGCGGCGAGCCCAGGCCGAGCCCCGCGGCAGCCGAGAGCCGCCCAGAGCCGAGAGGUGCCCCAGUGGCAAGAGCACUCUCAGCCGCUCGGCGGACUGGACCGAGGAGCUGGGGCGGCCCACGGGGGUCGGUUUUAAGAAGGCGGGUUCCCUCGACUCGCUGCACCGCUCCGGACCUCUCCAAACCCCACCUCUGCGACCGAGAAGGAGACCUUCCCUGGCCGAGAGUGGCUACCCCGAGAUCUUCACUGGGCGAACGUUGCUGGAAAAACUAUUUGGCCAGCAGGAAAAAGUGCAGAUUUCGGGUGAACACGAAGCCGAGAUGCUUUGCUCCCGUAUUCUGGCAAUGGGUUUGCUACUCCCAUUUGGCAACUGUUUCAGAGAACAGUUUUAUGGAGAAACACCACAAACCACCACUAGAUUUGACCUGUUCCCAAACCAUGCUGUGCAUCCUGAUAACACCUUCUAUGACCUGCAGAAGUUGGUUCUGACUCAUGCUAUGCUUCCAGCAGUUUCUAUUUUGGCUAUUAAACACAUGUUGCUUUCUGUGAAGUGCCAGUUGUGUGGACCUUCUGGUGGGUUGGACGAUAGUGGCCUGGGUUUGGCUGAUGUCCUGAACAAAACAUUGGUGGCGGCAGCCAGUACUACUACCUGCUGCUCUUGUCUGCCCGGGCGGGAGGAGAAGUCCAUUUCAUGGCCUGCUGAGCUUCAGCAGAGGGCUAUUCAAGCUAUGGAACAAACCGCCUUGCAACAUGUGUCCCCAGCUGGGUGGUCAGGCAGAACAAAGCCAGAGCUGAACAACAAUCAAGGCGACUUCUAUGACGGGAUGAGUGAUGUGAACGCUGAUGAUGGCAGUAAAGUAAAUGGACUGAUUGUUCAGAGGAAUGAUGAUGAGGAAAACCAAAUGAGCCAGCCACCAUCCAGUCCAAAGCAUGGAAUUGAUGCUGAUGGUAACUACGGUUCGAUGUUCAUCAAUCGAUGUGAUCGGGUUGUAUCCGAUACAGAGGAAAUUACCAUCAGGACCAAACAUCUGGAUAACUGCAAUAACAAUAAUCGGUCCUCUGCUCCCUUCCCUUUGACUGGCUCAGCAGUGCCUGACAUUUUCUCAAGUGUGUUGGUUGUGAGGAAGGACCCCAAGCGGGCAGAUACAGAGACUUGGAGUGAAGUGAACUCCCAGACCGAUAGUGAUCUUACUCCGCUGAGAUUGAUGAAACCCAUCCAUCGAAAACUCAACGAGGUUGUGAGCGUCCCGGCCAGUGGUCUGCAGACGACGGAAAGACCACUGUCCACCUGUGCAGCCAGCAGUCUCGGGCAGCAGGACAAGCUGUACACGUGGGCCACAGUCAGCCAGCCCACUCAGUCUUGUGACCACGUGGAAGGUCGAACCCCGGGGAGAAUCCAGACAGCGUGGCCGCCUACAAAGCCCUGGGCGGAAGAAACGCUGAAGCAUGUGGAGUCAGAGAAAAUAGAGGAGAAUCGUGAUGGUAUUCUCAGUCUGAAAAGGAUACAGAAAGAAGAACUGCACACAGUGCAAAAAGAUAAUGAAGAGAGAACGGCAGAAGUGAAGGAGCAACAGGUUGCUGUUAUCCAGAAACUCGAGCAGACGAUUGAGCAGCUAAGGACCAAAAUCGCUGAACUGGAGAAGCAGUCAGCGUUGCUUGACCAGGAGAGCGUUGUUAAAGAUCGUGUACCUGGCAAUGAGGGUGUGGUCUUGAACCCUUCCAAUGCCCCAACACAGUGGGAGACUCACCUUCUACCCAGUACACGGCGAUGUUGUGUGGAAGCAAAAUCUGCCCAGACUUCACCCACUCAAGAACAUGCAUCUGUUCAAGUGCCUUUAUUCAACAGUCGGCCUUCACAGCUUCCACCUUCUGGCCCCAUUGUUUCUUCCUCUCAGGAUCAUUUGACAAUUGCAGCUUCAGCACAGUUGCUCACUCCGGGGGGUCUGUGUGUUGCUCCGGGUGUGUCCACCGCCCAGCCUGACCACGACCCCCUUGCUCUGUCCACACCGACGGGCCAAAGUUUACAACAAGUUCUGCCGCCGUCUUCAUUCUGUCGAGACUCUUCGCGCGCGUUGCCUCACUGCCAAACGACUCCUCUCCCUCUGCCCGGCGCUGAGGGACUACAUUCGCCCACUCUGCCCAGUAGCCUGUGCCAGCCCUCGCCAGCCCCUCCGCACGACUCCGACCUCUCCUCACCACUCCUGCACCCCCCUCCUCCUCCUCCACCGCCGCUGCCUCCUCUUGCUGAUUCAGGUUGUGUUCCUCUACCUCAGCCGCUGCCUGGCUGUGGGUAUCCCCCUCCCCCUCCUGCUCCCCCUCUCCCAGGCUGUACGGCACCCCCUCCCCUUCCCCCUCCUGCUCCCCCACUCCCAGGCUCCCUGCCCGGCUCGGGGAUCCCUCCCUUCCCUGGUUCUGGGAUCCCACCCCCACCCCCACCCCCACCAGGCCAGGGCAUGCCACCAUUUUACCCUCCAGCCUCGGGUCAUCUUCCGCCACCACUCCCGUCAGGAUUUUUUGGACUCGGAAUGACGAAGGACAAAUCGCCCAGGAAAGGUGCUGUCGAUCCAUCCCGUCCAAUGAAGCCCCUCUAUUGGUCAAGAAUUCAGCUGAGCAGCAAAAGAGAUACAGAUAUAAUGCCCAUUUGGGCAGCUCUGGAAGAACCCACCAUUAAUGCACAAGAAUUGGAAAAUUAUUUCUCAAAAUCUGCGGUCAAGGAGAGGAAAAAGCCAAUUUUAGACACCUACAGCAAAACCAAAACCCGGCAGGUUGUGAAACUUCUGAACAACAAGAGGUCGCAGGCUGUUGGAAUUCUGAUGUCUAGUCUUCAUUUGGAGAUGAAAGAUAUCCAGCAUGCUGUUCUGAACUUGGACAAUUCGGUGGUUGACCUGGAGACCCUUCAAGCCUUGUACGAGAAUAGAGCACAACAUGAAGAACUGGAAAAAAUUGAAAAGCAGAUCCAGAAGUCCUCCAAAGAUAAAGAUAAAGAUAAUGCCAAGCCUUUGGAUAAACCAGAGCAGUUUCUCUAUGAACUAGCUCAAAUCGUCAACUUCUCCGAACGUGUGUUUUGCAUCCUUUUCCACUCCACUUUCUUAGAAAGUAUUGGUGCCAUCAACCGUAAGCUUGAAUUAAUGGACAAGUUGUGCAAGACACUCCAAACAAGUGCCAGUGUGAAGCAGGUGCUGGGUUUGAUCCUUGCUUUUGGAAACUACAUGAAUGGUGGCAACCGAAGUCGAGGCCAAGCAGACGGCUAUGGACUGGAGAUUCUUCCCAAACUUCGGGAUGUGAAGAGCAGUGAUAACAGUAUUAAUCUCCUCUUCUACCUGGUGACAUAUUAUCUGCGGAAUUUUGAUCAGGAUGCAGGUACAGAACAAAGUGUUUUCCCUUUGCCAGAACCACAGGACGUGUUUCAAGCUUCACAGAUGAAGUUUGAGGACUUUGAGAAGGACCUCCGCAAACUCAAGAAGGACUUGAAAAUUUGUGAGACAGAAAUGGAAAAAGUCUGUCGCCUUUCACCAGAAGAACAUCUACAGCCUUUUAAAGAUAAAAUGGAAGAAUUCAUUAAUCAAGCAAAGUCGGAUCAAGAAUCUCAGGAAGCUUUCUUGUCUGGAACACACAAAAGCUUCUUGGAAACAGCAGCAUAUUUCAGCGUGAAGCCAAAGUCAGGAGACAAAGAAGUCACUCCAAAUCAUUUAUUAACCCUCUGGCAUGAGUUUUGUACCGAUUUCAAGGUGUACUGGAAAAAGGAGAGUAAUGUUAUACUGAAAGAGAAGAUCAAAGAAGCAGAAGCAGAAGCACAUAAGCACAGUCAGAAGAGAGAAAGGUCUUACUCAGUCAAGGAGAAAGUCAAAGCUGGAAUGAAAGCAAAGCUGUCUAUGAAAGACAAACGUAAUAAUGAAGCAUAUCCAUAGGACGCAGAGGAUUCAUGCAUUUUACUGUUGUCAUCCCCUUUUGCAUUUUUAUCUAUGUAAUGGCACUAUCUUAUCUCGACCCUUCUGUGCCCAUUACAUAGAAGAAACAUUAUCGCUUUCAACUUGACUGGUCCAUUCAGCAAUACGAGCAUUGUACUCUUUAUCUGCAACGUUAGGGCAUUGCAUUUACCAACUGCAUGCUCGUAAGCCAAGUAACUAGACACCACAGCUUCAGGAAAGUAUCAGACCUGAAGAGUUCCUGGACUUUUGGGAGGCUGGGUUAGCUUUUGAACUGACGGUUUGUCGAGGAAGGCAAUGCAAUCAGUGACUACAGGCGUUUAAUCCUUUCACUGGCACUGUGUAUUUUACAUUAAAAGAAAAGUAUAGAUAUAUAUAUAUUCCAGGAUAGCAUUAAAAAUUUGACAGAUUCUAGAUUUUUGUCCGACAAAUCAUUAACAGUGCAUGAGAAAUAGAUCAGUUAUUUUCUUAAAUAUCACUUUCUAAACCCCUCCAUAUCUUCUGCUCCAGGAUAACUUGCAAUCCUUUAGCAAUAUAUCUGCAUGGACGAGCUUCAUCUCGAAGGGAUUGAUCACUGGAAUAAAAAGUUGGGAGUAUUUUUGAUUUGCUUAGGAAGGCCCUAAUAUUGUUGUGAAGAAGUGGGAGGGUGGGGAGGAAUGAUGGUUAAGCCGGUUGGUAGUCACCAUUUCCCAGUAUUAAGGUGGAGCCUUGACUGUUGGAGAUGAUGUGGCAAUGAAAAGCACUGCUUGUAAGCAAUUACUAGGAUUAAGUUAUAAAACUAUAACAGUAAACACUUAUAUGUACACUCCAUAGUUCUUUUGUGUUUUAAAUGUAAAUUUGCCGUCUUCUUACAGUUCAUAAGACAAAAUAUUAAAUUAUUUAAAUGUAGAUACAGCAUGUCGAUUUUAGAUUCUAUUGUUUCAGGAAAACUUGUAAAAAUGCUGUAAGUUGACAAUAGUCUGUUAAAAUCGCCAAGUGCAAUAUUGUAUUUAGUAUUUCUAUUUGGAGUUUCUUUUCGAGGUUUAUUUGUAUGAAAUGUAUUGUAGGUUUUUCUGAUAAAUAAAAUUUGACUAAUACUCAAAACUA